AUGGAUUCUGCAAGGGAUGAACAUGCCGACAAGCCUGUCGACUAUGACGCAGAUCACGUCGAACAUGAAUUAAAGAUUCCCAAGGUGGAAACAGUCCAUCAUCCUGAUCCAAGACUGUACAUCGAGGCUCUGGAGCGAUACCCAAACGAUGAUUCCAUCGACCAAACUGCCGAAAGGCGGCUGAAACGCAAGUUGGAUAUGAGAAUCCUUCCAUUGCUGGGGAUAUGUUACUUUUUCUACUAUGUCGACAAAACCACCCUCUCCUACGCCGCCAUAUUCGGGCUCAAAGACGACCUACACCUCGAAGGCACCCAGUAUUCCUGGCUAAGCAGCUGCUUCUACUUUGGCUGGCUCGUCUGGGCCAUCCCAUCCAAUCUUCUCAUGCAGCGCAGCCCGCCGGCGUACUACCUCGCCUUCAACAUCUUCAUGUGGGGAGCGCUUCUCAUGCUGCAGGCCGUUGUACACAAUUUCGGCGGUCUGAUGGCCCUUCGUGUACUCUCAGGCGCGUUUGAAGCCAUUGCCGACCCGGCAUUUAUGCUCAUAACCUCCAUGUAUUAUACUCGUGAGGAGCAACCGUCUCGAAUUUCAGCCUGGUACGCUUGGAAUGGUAUUGGCGUCGCUGGUGGUGGUUUGCUUGGCUAUGCCAUAGGCCACAUCAAAGGAGCUCUCGCGUCCUGGCGCUAUGAGUUCAUCAUCAUCGGCGCUCUCUGCGCCUUUUGGGGCAUCGUUCUGUGUCUUAUGCUGCCCAACUCUCCCCGAACAAUCUUUGGCUUCACCCACGACGAGAAACUCAUGAUGAUUGCGCGCAUCAGACGUAAUCAGACGGGUAUUGAGCAGCGAAAAGUUAACUGGGAUCAGAUCAAAGAGGCGUACUUUGACUACAAGACCUGGCUGUUUACACUCCUCGGUUUCGUGGCGAAUAUUCCCAAUGGAGGGAUUUCCAAUUUCUCAACUCUUGUUAUCAAGGGCUUGGGCUUUGAUACGUUCAAGACAGCGCUGCUGGGAAUUCCGCAAGGCGCACUCGUUGUCAUUUGGAUUGGCCUUGGUGCCUUGGCAAACAAAUACAUGCCCGCCAACAGUAGAACACUGGUUUGCGCCGCGUUUAUGCUUCCGACUAUCGCUGGCGCGCUUGGUUUCCUCCUCGCUCCGACGGAUGCUUACGUCGGACGACUUAUCUGCUUCUACUUAACAGGCUCGUAUCAAGCGUCCUUCGUCAUCUCACUAUCCCUCAUCACAUCCAACACUGGUGGUCAGUCGAAGAAGAUGAUUGUCUCUGGAAUGAUUUGGUUCGGUGCUUGUAUUGGAAACAUUGCCGGACCGUUCUUCUACAAGUCUGAUCAGGCGCCGUCGUACCGAUUGGGCAUCGGCUCUCUUUUGGUGGCGAAUUGCAUUGAGCUUCUGCUGUUCUUUGUGUUUCGAUAUGCGUUUAUUUGGGAGAAUCGUCGGAAGGAAAAGAUUCGGGAAGAGUUGAGGAAUAAUGGGCAGCUUUUGGAGACGCUUAACGUAACGGCGUUUCAGGACAUUACGGAUAAGGAGAAUCCGAAUUUUGUCUAUGUAUAUUAA